AUGAGUUAGGCAGAUUAAGAUGAAGAAUUUAACGAUAAACUAAUGAAUACAGUCAUUAAAUAGUAUAAUUAUGAGCAGUGGCUCAAGCAACAAUACACAUAAAGCAUAAAAUAUCAGUAAUAUGUGAGAACUUCUUCUCUUGAUUAUGAUCCAAAUAAACUAGACAUGGAAAAAGUUUCUAGAGAGUUAUAUAAACUUUCAUAAGAAAAGUAUCCCUAGUUAAAAAAUAUUAUCGUCCCUGAAAAAAAGCUAGUUGUUAUGAUAUUAGGGAACCAUUCUGCUGGAAAAAGUUCAUUCAUCAACUGGUACGUAGAAUAGCCAGAUCUAUAGAAAACGAAGGUGUCUAUAGAGACAAUAGAGAUAAAUUUAAUCAUGCAAGGCAACUCGUAGUAAGAGUUUAAUGGUAUGAACGCAAUGCAGAUGCUACCUUUCCUUCGAGAUUUAUAUGAUGUAGAUUCUAAAAAGGAGAAGUUUCCAGGACUAUUAGAGAAUCUAUUUCUAAAGUCUUCAAAUUCUGAUGCCAAAGAUUUUAAGAAUAUAGUGUUUAUAGACACACCAGGUUUAGCUGAUGGAAAUCUAAAAUACAAAUUUGAUGUAGAGUAGGUCUUCGAAUGGAUAGCCGCACAUUGUGAUGUAAUCUUAACAUUUUUCGAUCCAUAGGGAUAGGCGCUUUGCAAAAGGACUAUGAAUAUGAUUCAACAACUUUAUAAGAAUCAUUAAUCGAAGCUUUAAUUUAUAAUGACUAAAGGUGACAUGUUUGACUCUGAUGAUGAUAGAUUGAAAUGUAUGUGCCAAAUCACUUAGAGUCUCUCUACUAUUAUUCCACCAAUGCAUGGGUUUUAAAUGCCAAUAAUAUCUCUACCUACACCUCAUACCAGAUAUCAAGGAUUCUCAAAUCAAAAUAAUAAUAAUAAACUAUCCUAGAUAAAUCAGAUUGAUGAUAUAGUUUAACUAUUUAGGAAGAAAUAUUAAGUAAAAGGCUAGUCAAUAAUGUCUAAGUUUAAUGAAGACAUUAAGAUAAUAAAUGAGGUGACAUAGAAGAUGAAAAAUGAGCAAAAGAGUAUCUAGAGCAAUAAGAAACCAAUUUAACUGAUCAAUUAGGGUCUAAACUAUCUCCUCAAAGUGUCCUAUGAUUUGAUAAAGGCAGAAAAAUCAUUGUUUCACUUUCUAAUGAAGAAUGUGAUGGGGAUAGCAGUCUGUUUGAAUUGGUUCUCAGAGAAAUUAGCAAUACAUCAAAACAAUUUUAACAUAGACAGGAAGUAUAAAAAGCUUCAGCAUAUAAUGAGCAAUAGAGUUUUCGCCAGAAUAUAAAAUCCUGAUUCAAUCAUCAAUAAUGUAAUAGACAAUUAAUUUUAAAAAGAGCUAUUUGAAACUUCGAGUUUGGAUGAAUCACAGUUACUGUACAAAGUCAGACUAUAAAAUCAAAUUUUAACGAGAGAAAAUACUCUUCAAGAGUAAAAUAGGUACAAUAGCAGACAAACUUAAUAAUCUAUAAUUCAUAGAAGCAACUAAUCCAGAAGCUCGAGUAGAAUCAAUAAAAAGACUUUCAAAGAAGGAGCAACAUCUAAUGAAAGUACAUAGCUAGAGAUUGAAGAGCAAAAGAUCAAUUCAAAAGUCUUAUUCCGUCAAAAGAGCGAUUGA